AUGACCAACAGCAGCAGCAUCAUCAGAAACAACAACAACAACAACCAGAGAAGUAAGGCUUCAUUGUGCAAACUUGUUCAUGGCUUUGCCUCAUUUACGAAUCAUCGAACACCCGAUGGCCUCUACUCCUCCACACAUACCCUUACUGAUUUUUCAUGGCUUGAUCAUGCCUGUACCACAUGGAGCAAUGACGCCAAUACGAAUGGUCUUGAAUUUUCAUACGACUCUGGAUGGAUGGCUCUCUCAUCCUCUCCAUCAUCGUUACAUCUUGAACAGACCUUCCUUCCUAACUCCGUUACGGUUCAAUCGGCACAAUUACGACGACAAAUUUUGAUGCAAUUCCAUCCUGAGAGUGAUACUGUCGAUAUUACCUUAAUGCUUAAUUUGAAGAGUGUGGUGCAAGGUAGUGUGGCUGGAGUGAAAUUGCUAUCACCAACGACACUGGAGUACACAAUGAGUAAGCGAACGGGCUCUCCCUUGCUAUUCUCUGCAAUACCUUAUUUUCCUGUGGGUUGGGAAGGUUCCAUGAUGUCGCCAGAAACGUGCUCAGCAAGCUCCAGUAAUAGUGGCAUUUGCUUUUUCGAUAUUAAUUUAUUUGAUGGUGUUGAUCCUUUCAUCAUUGACAAAUCGGUUGCUUCAAGUUCAGCUGAAGUAUCAACUCACAACAAUGCCAACAACAUUGCAGCAUCGUUCAUGUAUUUGGCCACACAAUUUGGAGUUCAUGCCUACUAUUCGGACUUGUCUCCAUUCAGUUUGAAGUCAUCAGCCGUGAGAGGAGUCUUUUUAAAUAGCACCAAAAUUAUUGAUACAACAAUGUCCAAAUCAGAGACAAACUCACAGCACUUUGCUUCAUCCAAACUGUACAGGCCACAAACGAACUCUUUCAGUGAGCUUGGAGAUUUAUUCCAAACUCAGGUAUCAUGUAUUAUUGAAAGUGGUACUAAUUCAUCAUCAUGCAUUGACUCUACCUUAAUUGCAUUGAACGAUCUGCUUAAAGAGGCAAUACAAUCAAGUGGCAAAAGUUGUGACCUCUCUCAUGUUCCUGAGACAUACAAGUCCAGUUUAACAGCAAUGGUGUUUAUUAGCCAAGACAAGCUCUAUCCACUUGGUUUCUCGGGUGAUUCACAAGUUGUCAUGGAAUGUGAUUCGAGGGGACACGUUGGCAUUAGAAUUAAUAUUGCAGCAGGAACGACAGGAGUAUGGCCACUUCAAUUAUUCACCGACAGCAUCAAGAGUGCAACAACAUUGAUCCGUUCUGUUCCAUUACAAAUAUCAGGUUAUGUUUUGGGAAGAAUUGAGGAUUCAAAUGAGAACUCCCAUUCUCUCUUUACAUCUCUUCCCAAUAAUAUAUUUUCAAGUAAUCCAGGAGGUUUCUUUGUACGAGAUUAUCCCUUCACGCAAGAUACCAUCACAACUUUAGUACCAAACUUGAUGCAGCAAAUGAAGGCUGUCCUGCACACGAAUGUGAAGUAUAUGGAUGACGCAUGCUCCCAACUAUUUGACGAACAGAAAGCUAAACAAGCUGCUCAAUUUUACAUCGAUACAGAGACACCCUUUCCCUCAGUAUUAGGGUUUUUACAUUUCUUUGCCAAUCAACACGCUGACAUUGUCUCGCUAUUGGUACAGAACGAUGAAAAAGCAUACUUUGAUUUUUCGAUGGUUAAAACCACAGACCAAAUUAUUCGAAACGAUCACACAAUAACUCGCAUCAAUGUAGAGUUGACUACCCUUUAUCAAAAAUUCAUUGAGCAAUUUAUGAUUUCUUAUAGAACGACCAAACUUAUCGAUGGAUCCACCACCCUCAAAAAUUCACUAUUCAGUGGUGCUCUUACCUCUGUUAUGGUUGUUGAGAACAUUUUUACAAAUAUUUCGGUCAUGGUAGACCCUCGAUCAUCACCAAGUUUUAACGGAGCUCUAUCUCUUUCUGCAAUCUUCGACACAUCGAACGUUUUCACUGAGAUUUAUGCCACCUUUGACUAUUCAACUGGAAAGGUAACCAUUAAGGGGUCAUGCAACUAUGAUGAUGGAUCUGUUGUGUAUGCUACUUUGAAUGAGAAAGGAGAGCUUGUAUACACGUAUAACAAUGGAUUUAUUUCUCCAGUAACAAUCAGUGGCUACGUCUCCACUCUUGUUUCCAAAAUAGAUGACCUUCACAACAUUAACAAAACCUUACCCAUGAUAGAAAAUACAUUUACAAUGGCCACCCAGCAAUAUGGUAUCGAAACUGUGUUGAACAUGCUUUCUCGCACCUUAAGUACCCUUGGAAACUCGAUGGACAUUAUUAAUUUGAGCAUGAGAAUUGAACAAUUUUUUAACCUCUUUUGCCAAAGCGAAAACUGUCAAAGCGUGCUUUUAGCGUCUACGCAAGUGCAAGGAUCUUCUAUUUCCCUGAAUCUUGUAGUUCACAAUUUGCAGAAGUUUAAAUUAGUAGAUGGAGCAUUAGAUAUUUUGAAGCGAGCCCCUACAAUGGGAGCUGCCACACAGUUGACACUCUCCGUGAAGGCCAUGCUUUCGGCCUCUCCCUCUUUCACACAAUUUACUAUUAAGGGUAAAAGUAUCCAAACUGGCUUUAUGAUUCCACUUAGAUACAAUAUGCAAUCCGGUACUCUCAAAGAAGGAAUUAUUUCAUUUGAUAUUGACAUGCCAAAUUCCGUCAAGUUCUCUGCAAAGCUAAAUUUCAACAAUGAAUUAUCUCAGCCUCUCACGGUACAGAUUGAGUCAGGUAACUUGUUAAGUGUUGGAGCAAUACCUAGUGUGGAAUUUUCCGGAGAUGGGAACGUUUUAUUCGUUCCAAACCAAGCUGUGUUUUCCAAUAUGAAAGAUAUUGCCAAAGUGUUAACCCAAUUGAACAAUGGACCUCUGAACUUCAGAGUACCAUUUCUGGAUGCCUCUUUAAGUGUACUUCAUAAUUGGGAUGAUUUUAUUGACAAUACAUUUGUUCAAGUUCCAUAUCCCAAAACAAAGACAUCACAAGGCGAGUCAUUAUUGACCUUAAUUUUUUCAGAAACGCAAAAUAGCAUUCCAGAUCUCAAUAUAACAGUCAAUGGAAGAAUAUACCCAUGCCCGAUCAACAGCAUUGACCCACAAAACAAACUGAAGAGUAUCAACAUUGCAUUUUCGCAAUGCGGACUCGGGGAAGUCUUAAUUGCCAAAGAAAGUGCAGCCAUUGUGAAUGCGGCCGGUAUUCAUUCUAUGGUGGACAAUAGUUUAUUCGAGCUUAUUUUCAAAUACGUAGACUUUACUUCAACAGAGCAAACACUUGAAUAUCAUGCUCCAUUUUAUCCUUGCUUUUCCUCUUGGGGAGAAGUUUCUUGGUUGGUUCAUAUUUUGACAAGAGUUCCAUUUUCUCCUCAUCAGUUUAUUAAUAUUCCAACAAACUCUUUACAGAUUCCUGAAAGAAUGAUGAGAGUUUUUCCACCUCAACUUACAGCAGCCUCUAUUGAAUUCAAGUUGAACGAAGUAUUCACUUCCAGUUCCAACAUUAUUUCUAGUGUAGAGAGCUCUCAAAACAAAGUGUCCUUGCAAACAAAAGGCACAGUCAAUGUUGAGAACCACAUUGAUUUUUCAGGAAAGUUUGGCACAGUUUUUUCUCUACCCGGCCUCUAUAACAUUUCAAUACUAAGUUGCGCCACAAAUGACUUCACAAUUGAUACCAUAAUAACCAAUGCAUCCUAUGAGUUUACCUUACUGAUGGAAGUUCAGCAACGUUUUGAUGGUCAACAUUCUCAAUCACUGACAUCUAAAAUUACAUUUAAACUUCCAACAGGAAGAACAUUUAAAGACAUUAUGAUGAAUGUAUUACCAUUGAACAUUGAUGAGGCAAUUCGCCCCAUGUUUUCUGUGGGUGUUUAUGAGGGAAGUGAAACAUUUGGAUCUUUGGAUCAGAUUCAGAUUUCAUUGAAAUCUUUUCAAAAAGAUGAUCUGUCUUAUUUAUUACCGAUUUCGAUGAGCAUUUCGGACUCUUCUGUGCCAAUCUUAUGCUUGGCAUCUCAAAUACCUCCUACAUCCAUGCCCAUUACUUCUGGUAUCAAAAUACAGUCAAAAAUAAUCUUCAAACAUUCCGAUGACGGACCUAUUUCACUCUCUUCAGGAUCUAUUGGUAUUUUUGAUAUUGAAAGCACUUCCUCUGAUUCCGCUUUAUCAGGAGCUGGUACAUUGAACCUCGAUAUAUCACUCAAUAAGGACGUUGUUCCUAGUUUUAAUGUACUUCGAGCUUCCACCAAUAGCACCACAAUGUUCAACAUUUAUGACAUCAAUAUUGCAUCAAAUGGGCGUUUGACAUUACCCAAUCCCAGUAUUAAGGCCAGGAGCGAUUUACCUCCUUUAGAUAGUCUUUCAUUAAGUUCCAACAAGAUGUGGAAAGUGUCUUCUAGUGAAAUAUUGGAUAAAAUCUCAAUGGAAAUCCACAAAUUAGAGACUACGUUCACUUCUUCAGUUUCAGCCGUUAAAGAGACCUAUAUUGGACUUUCUCAAACCAAUGCAACCUCCUUAUGUUCAUUCUUGGAUUCAAUUAUGCAAACAACGGAUAAAAUUGGGCGACAAUCAUUAAUACAAGCUCCUCUACCCUUUGUCCAAAGAUCCCUCAAACAUUUAUUAGAAUCUACUAUUGUCAACAAAUUUUCCUCUGCCAAACAAAGUGUAUGCAAUGGAAUUGUUGAAUUUUCGAUUGGAAAAUUUUGUGAUUUAUUACAGCAUGCGUGGGGUCAAAAAGUGUGCUAUGAUGUCAGUGUGGGCGAUAAGAAGUUUUUGGUCACUUUGAAAUUGCUGAACUAUCCUCUUAUCUCGAAUGAAGGAUUAUAUGUCAAGUCUAACGUUUUUGGUGACUCUACUUUACCAUCAAUACUUGGUACAAAAGACAGCAUUUCAUUGAACUCGAAUGCUAAUUUUGAAAUUCACUUAGCUUGCAGUUGGAGUAAUGGAAUUUCAUUUGAAAUUCUUGACGGUACCUCUUUCUACAUUGACACUCAUUUCAAAAUGAAUGGAAAUUUGAAGGCUUCUUUAGGUCCCCUUAAUCUUAUGCUUGCUAGUGCUGAUGUUUUCAUUGGAAGCCCAACAGCUUUAUCAAUCUAUUUAAAGAAUGGUGCUAUUGAUUAUUCAUUGUCAGGAAAUGCUGGUUUCGAUGCAAUGGUGUCGUUUUUUGAUUUAUCUGCUUGCCAAUUAUCCAUCAACGUUCCCAAUAUUGAGAACUUUUUGAAUGGAGCACCGAACGCAUGGAUUAUUGAUCAACAUACAUGCCCUUCAGGAUCUUUUUCAAAGACCGUGAAUGAUUUAUUGCAAGAUCAUAGUUUGUUAGAUUUCUUUAAAGAUCCUAGCACCUUCAUUGCUCAAUGGGAAAGCAAUUUUUCUGAGUUGAUUAAGAGACUAUUUAUGGGUCCUAAUGGCCUAAUUCAGACAGUCGCAGUGCCACUUAUUGAUAAGGAAAUCCAAAAGAUUAUUCAAAAAGAAUUUACCAACCUCAUUGGACCAGAGAUGACUAAUGAAUUGGUUGUUGAUAUUACACAAAUGGUGAAUGAUAUUAUGCAAGGAAAGACUCCUAAAUUUGACUCCAUUGAACAAUUUAUUCUGGACGAGUUUACUAAAAUCUUAUGCGAUAAAUUGCAACCAGUUCAAUGUCCACCCGCACCAAAUGUGCACUCUGAUCAAUAUGAAUGGAAGUUUGAAAUUAAGCGACUGGUCAAGCAUUCAAUUGUUGACAUUCACUUUGAUCUUGGCGCUUCCUCCAAAGGUGCAAGAUUGCAAUCACAAUCUGAACUUGAAUCAGAAAUAGAUUAUGAUUUCAGAUUUAAUUUAAUUUUCAGCAAGACAAAAGGCAUACUUGUCACUUUUGAAGAUGGUUAUGUUAUCAAAGGAGUUGCUGAUCUUAAAAUUGAUAAUGCUCUUCUUGAAGGAGAACUGGGCUUUAUUGGAGCCGAGAUUAUUGCAGAUCCACAAAGUGAUUUUCAUGCAGAAUUUGGAGUGAAUAGCGACUGGACAUCGUUCUUUACAGUGAAUGCAAUCUUAGCAGGAAAAGCAGAGCUUGGUUUUGCAGGUAUUAUUAAGAAGCUGUUGAAAAAUGUCCAAGACCCACUCGAUGCUUUGCCUCAUUUUGAAAUGACAAUCGAAUUCAAAUGGAGUUGGGAAAUGGGUAAAUCGACAUCAACUACACCCAAGUUUUCUAUUUCUGAGCCAACUCUGUGUAUUGGUACAUUCUUGGCAAGAAUGGCAGAUGGAGCAAGAAAACAAGCAGAGAAAGUACUAUCCAAUUUGGACAAAAUACUAGGCCCAAAUGCCUUCUUAACAAAGGAAGUGCCUGUACUCUCUCGUAUAUUCGGUCGUAAGAUGAAUGUGGCUGAGCUUGGUAUCUUCUUGGCGAAACACUUUUGCUCUGGAAGUUGUGAUGCCAUCAAUGUUGAAGAAAUAAUUGAUGCAUAUAACAAGCUAUACUAUUUGAUGAACAAGCUUCAAGUUAUAAGAAAUUUCCUUUCUACAAUGAAUGGAUGCGGCAUUAGGCGUAAAUUUAGUCAAUUCAUUGCUGACCUUGAGAAGCCUGAAGACCCCGUGUUGCAUGUUGGUGAUCUGCCAGAUCAAAAUCUUAUUUUCGACGACAAUGUCCCACCUAACAUGAAAAUCGAAAUUUCCUCCACUUGGUCAAAUAUUGAAACAAGAAGUUAUAGCUUCCAUGUACCACUUUUUGAAAAUCCAAAAGCAAUUCCAUCAGCUGUUAUGGGCUUGAUAUUUGGAAAAGACUUUGAUUUGGUUGAAAUUGUUCUACCAAGAAUGGUCAUGUCAUAUUCUGCUCAUUUUGGAUUCCCCAUUUGGGACUGGCCAUAUGUCGAGCUAUAUAUUGAGGCCUCUGCUGGUCUUGUUAUUGAUCUACCUACUCUCGCCUAUUCAACAAAGGGAAUUAGGGAUGCCAUUCAAACCAAACAAAUCACCAAUCUAGUACGAGGUAUGGGAAUGAUCACAAGAAAACCAGAUGGAUCUCCACUCUGGAUUGUUUCAGGUUAUGCCAGACUGACCGGUGGAGUGUCCGUCUCUGUUUUUAUAUUCAAAGGAAGUGCCUAUGCAUUUCUUCAAGCAAAUGCAGGUGUUACUAUAUUGGAUAUUAAUGGAAAUCAAAUGGUUACCUUUGACGAGCUCUUUUACUUGAUAUCGAAAUAUGGUGUGUUAAACACUGUGACAUUCCAAAUGGAAAUCUCUGCUGGAUUUGGUUUCAACAUUCAGGCAUGUAUUCAUGUGUGGUUCGUCCACAAAUGUUGGACCAUUGUUUCUCAAGAGAUUAAGGUUCCAGUUUUCCCCAAGAUCACAUUCGGAGGGAAAACCAUGGCACCAGUUGCAGAUAAGAACAGCAACUUGAACCUUGCUCAUGUAUCUGAGUAUGCUUCCACAGAAAGCAAUCCAUCCGUUUUUAGAAUUUAUCCAACCUCGCUUAAAGAUGCAUCACACGUGGUUGGUUUUACCACACCAUCUGGAUCCAUUGCCCAAAAUGCUCCACCACUCACAGCACCAAAUAGAGGAGCUUCUUCAAUCGGUUUUUAUGGAAAUCCAGGAUCGAAUCCAUUUGAAAUUCAUGUUCAGGGAUAUCAAGGUCUCGUGACAAUCCCACCACUGGAUACUGUAACUCCUAGAAUUUCACUGAACUCGUUCAAAAAGUCUUCAUCGUUCUCUAUCUCUCCUACUUUUAUCACUCCCAACAUUGAUGGUAUGGGUAUUCAAUUUACUCCAGGUAGAUGCUCGAGAGCAAUUCUCGAAGAGCCAGAUUUUGGAACAUCUUUCAACCUUAAAGGUUCUCCUUGUACUAUUUCUCUUUCUGUUGCCCAAAAAUCCCAAGUUUUCAUUGAUUCUCAAGCUGUCGAUUACAGAGGCCCACUUCACAUUUCAGGACCAGGAGAAUUAACUGUUACCAUUCCAAGUUCUCAAUAUCAAUUAUCCUCAUCUUCCAUUACUCUCGAGGGAAACAAUAACUUCAUUCAACUACAAAACGAUAUGCCGGUCAUUAAUGUUUUUGCACAAAAUCAACCAUCGAUCUUCACCAUAGAUAAGGUGGCUAUGGGAAGUUCCAUUACUGCUGUUGGAGGAGAAUCAGACGAUCAAUUCCAUGUCACAGACUUGGCAGCUAUCCAAGGUUCCCUCUAUCUAUCAGGGGGUAGCGGAGGUAUCAACUUGGGAACGGUAUCAAUCAAUGUUCCAGCCGGCUAUUCUGAAAUUUUCGCAACAAGUUCAUCAAUUUCUCUUGGUAGAAAUCAUACUGUUCGUUGGACAAAUUUAGAACAUAGAAAGUAUAACAUUGUAAACAAGAAUGAUGGUAGUAUUGUGACUGUUUCCUAUUUCUCACCAGAUGAUUUUAAUUCAGUUCAUGUCGCCACUGACAACUCUCCUCAAGGAGCAAUCUACCACAAUAUUUCUUCAUGUCAAACUCGAAAUGAGUUUAGACUUGAUUUGAAAGGAGGAGGCGACCAAGUAGUCUUCAUUAGCCAAAAUGGAGAGCUUUCAUCUCUUCAAUGCUCAAUGUACAUACAGGGCGUGGAUACCAAUAAUGAAGCUUAUACCGUAGUGAUUGAUGCAAGAAAUGAAAAACGUCCUUUAAGAUAUGCAUUUGAAAAUGGUCGAAUUACUGUUGAUGAUCCAAUCAAUACAGAUUUUAUGACCAAUAUUUAUUUGAGGCAAAUCUCUAGAUUACAAAUUCACUUUAGUGAGAAGCAGUAUUCAGAAAUUAGGUUCAUACAAGGUUCAAUCAAAACAGAAUAUUAUUUCUCUUUCCCUGACACUUUCUCCACUCCAGACGUUGUUCCAACGGUAUCCAUCUGUGCAACUGCUGUCAAAUCUACCAUAUUGAUAUCUGGAAAGUCUGCAAUUUCUAUUGGACCAAAACAAGGUGUGUGCAGCCAUGCAGAUGCAAACCCUUUGGCAAACGUUAUGAGUAUGAUUGCAAUUUCAGGAAGUUCUCAAAUUACAAACGUCGAUCUAUGGAAUUACAACAACAAUGGAAAUCAACAUUUCUCAAUGAAUGAUCGUUGUCUGAUUGGAACAGACUCCUUUAACGGAAAACCCCUUACUCAAGUUGAAUCGCCUACUUCAUGGAUGCAAUCUUUGUUAAACGCAAAUGGUUUCUCUAACACUUUGUGCCAAGUGGCAUACAACCCUCACACCUCAAGUUUCAACAUUAAGACCGGUUCAGGAGAUGAUACGUUUGUGACCAGAGGAGUUACUGCCUCCUCGCUGGCAGUUGAUCUUGGUGAUGGCAAAAACAACAUUUUCCAUGCCGAAACUAACACACCUUCUAGCUAUAAAACUGGAAACGGGGCAAGCAAAUUUGUCGAAGUCAGUCCAAGCGGAAGCCUCAAACUGACAAUGCUCAGCGUUCCUACCAAACGGAAUAUCAUUGAAUUCUUUACAGGAAACUUUGCUUCUUCGAUGUAUGGUAAUACCAUUGAUAAUAUUGGACCAAAUCCUCAAACAGAUAUUGCUCAAAUAACAUGCAGCAGGUUUGACUUGAUUACUUUACAUCAUUCGUAUCCAUCAAACUAUAAACCUAGUUCUGAUACUAAUUUAAGAGGAGGCAAGAUUAAAUUACUUCAAAACGAAAUUAGAACCGUAUGGGUAAAUGUCACAGAAACCUCAACCACAAGACAAAUUGAACUCUCAACAGAUACUGUGUUUAAAGUUUCACAAAUAGGAUUCGAUUCAAACAUUGUGUUCUUGGGAGUCAACCAAGCAGGAUCAUUCGCAACAAACUGGAUCGUUAAUAUUGAUUUACCAGAUUAUUCAACACCGUCGAGAAUUUUCAUAGAUACAAAACCAUCUACAAAUGGUACAAUUCUAGCCAAUGUUAAAGAGAAUGGAUCUAUACAGAACUAUCCUCUCCGACUCUUAUCUGACACACCAAUCAACUAUGCCGUUUUGAACAUUGGAGUUUUCCACGUUGAAGCUCUUGGAGUUCGAAAUUUAAGAGUGAAUUCAAAAGAGGAACCAAUACAUGCAGUUGUAGAAAGCACUCCAGAUACACUUGAAACUGUGUUUGACUUUACAAGCGGCUCUAAAGUACGCGUGAAGAGCAUGAGUGGAUCACUUGUUGUCAAUGACGCGGAUGUCACCGUUGAAUCCAACAGCCUGUCAAAAACACUAGUGGUAAAUGGCCCAAGCUCUACGAUAACAAUCCAAACCUCUACUAAUAUGGUCCUGAAUGCUGGUUGUCUUAAACCUGCAGAUCUUUCGAUCAACAAUGUUCCAUCAGAAUGGUUAACUUCAAUUUUGGAAGAGUUUUCCAUUGAUUCAGUAGCAUUCAAGUGUUCCAUGUUUACCAAUUUCAUUAACUUGCUUGAUAUUUCAGCACCUUCCUUAGUGGCAACCAACAUUGACAAACUGUUGAAAUCACUGUUUGUUAGGAAUUCAGUGUUAACCCUUAUUGACAACCAAGCCCCAUGGUCAGAUGUAACACUCACAAACAAUACUCUCUCUAUUGACAGUCGAUACGAAGUGACGUUGGUGAAUACUCAUACCUUCAUCAACUCCACUUUUUCUGUUUCGAGUAUGAUAACAUUUGUUGGUGAUGUCAGUGACAACCAAAAUCCAGUCCAAAUGCACUUCAACCAUUUCUCACCCAAACAGUUCGCACUGGUAGAGUGGAAUACUACUGAGUAUCACAUUUAUGUUAACCCCUCUAGUAAUUAUGUACUGCCAAACAUUUACAUUCUCAAUAAUGUACUUUCAUUGGCUACUCACCUUUCCAAUAACAUUCCAGUAAUUCCAAGCAGUGGUUUACAAGUUGUAUAUGAACGAGAUUCCCUAAAAGUUUCUGGCAAUAGUUUAACUCUGUUGAACAUUGUUUGGUAUCGCCAUCCAUUGAACUCUAUACUGGACGUUAAUGGUAAAAUCAGAACAUCAGUUACAUUCCAAAAUCACCCCUUCAACGACAAUUAUACCUUCACCAUUCAAUCAUCUAAGGGAAGUGAUACCUUGUUGAAUAUCAUUGAGCCAGAAGAAGCUCAAGGCUUCCUUGAUAUGACCAUGAACGGUGCUACUUGGCCUGGACUUAUUCAAAUUGGAGGCAUGUAUAUUUUGUGCUCUCCAGAUAGGAUCUCGUUUAACAUGCUCAGUCAUGUCACUACUAUCCUUAACGGUGUUCCUGGUAACGCUGAGAUUCUAUUUAGAUCGGAGAAAACUAGUUAUAUGGAAAUGGAAAGUGUUGUGAACAACAUGAUCAUGUCUAACGUAAUUGUGGAUGUGAAUGACAAUCUGCUUAAUCAUGACUACCUAUUGUUAGUCACUGGAAAUAAUAUUGAGACAACAUUGAACAGCAAUAUGACUUCUCUUGAAUAUGAUUCGGGAUGCAUUUUGAGGACUAAUAGAAAUCAUUCAGUGAUCAUGUCGUCAUGGUUCCAGGAGGCAUUGAAACAAUAUUCAAUAUCAUACCCUUCACUUUCUCAAUGUUCCCUCUUCCUUCUUGAUACCUACAAGUUCAGAAUCCAAUCAGUGCAAAAUACAAUUUUGAGGAAUCUAAACUCGAAAGUUAAUGUGAGAGAAGUAUUUGUAGAAAGAGGUCAAGUUUCGCUCUUUGAUGAUAGUAACAGUUGGAGCGACGUUUCUUUCAACUCGACAAGUUUAAAGGUUGAUACUCUUUUCAAACUGUUUGUCACUCAAGGAAUGAGCAUUUCUGUCAUCAACUCGUUCGCCAAGAACAGUCACUUAUUUGCGUCUAGAGACGAUUUGAACGGCGUUGAUUCACCACAACAUCAGACAACCUUUGUGUUUAAUUGUCACAAUGGCAAUUUCACAUUAUUGAGUUGGAAUCAAUUCAAUCAUAAGGGUAUGAUCUGUAACCCUUCUACAACCCCAUUCAUUACGUUCUCAAAUGGAAGCACUCCUUUGAAUUUGAACAUCUCUCUUUCUAAAUGGACCAUGCCAAACUAUAACAGCUCACAAUACAUUACAACAGCAAUAGCAUCCUCAAAGUUGGUAGCAUAUCAGAACAACAAGCAGCCAUUCAUUGACAUUUCUUGGUCAAAUCCUGAUCAUGUUUCAUUGAAUGUCUUGUUUUCAGAUCAAAAUUAUGAUAUUCGAAUUGGCUCAGAUCUGGUUCCCUCCAAUUUCUUACCCAAUAUCCAGAUAAUGGAUAAUUCCAAGGCGACGCUUUCUUUACCUACAGCAUCAUCCGCUCGCUUCCUCAAGUCUUCAUUUGAUUACGAUGCCAGCAUAAGAGCUAUUUCAAACAAGAAAUCGCUUAACGAUGAAUGUUUACUCCCUAAGAUACAAUGCUCAUCUCAAUUCUGGGAAGAUAUUCAUGUAUUUGGAAGAGACGGAUAUCUGAGCAAACCACUGUAUGACGCUUGCCUGAGUACUGUCAUUGUGAACAUUCAAACUUUACAACCAUUCAGCUGUAGCAUACAAUCCAAUUCAACCAUGCUUACAUUACCAAAUAUGAAUACUCAAUAUUUGAACUAUCCAGCCACAAUAGAACGAUUGGUGUAUGCGUGGUACUCAAUAUCAGUGAUUGGUGGAUCUAUUUUGUUUGUUCUUUUCGGUUAUCUUGACGUUGGCCAAACAAGCUUCUUGGGAGCCGCAAUGAUGGAUAAGGUAACGAGUGACACCUCUGCAUGGUCGUUCAACACAAGGGCUCUAAUAGAUGCCUGCAAGGAUGCUGUUCAGUAUUUGGGAACAGGAUGGAUUAGUGAUGACAUGACAGCAAUUCAUUUAGCCCCUCACUUCACAUUGUAUGCAAUUACUGUAUUGUCAAUUUGUGUAACUAUCGGUCUCGUAGUAUUUAGAAAGAAGAUUCAAGAGAACAAAUAUUUCAAGAUUGCUAUUUCUUUAUUUAAGAUUGUUCAAACCGCUGCAUGUAUUGUGUUUCUUGCCAUGUUCGAUCAAACCACAGAAAUCCCAAUAUUAGUAGCUUCCAUAACUGCCUAUGCAUUGUUGUUGUUGUCACUUAUUGCUCUCAAUUUAAGUUUCAAGAGUUCCCUAAUCUCAAACACAAAUGUUGCUAGGUUUGUUGCAUUCUACGGACCUAUUUUUAUUCUUUCCAAUGUGAUGUUUGUGGUUAUCCAGACAUCUGUGGGACAUGUGAAAUUCCAAUUGUUUGGAAAUACUAUUUGGGGAAUUUCUUUUGUUUCAAUGCUUGGUUUGCAUAUAUCAAGGUUAAUUUAUGUACUACCAAUGUUUUUCGUUUUGAAAAAGUGGUACAAUCAUCUCAUGUUUACCUUCACAAUACUCUUGUGGAUUGUUGCACUUGUGUUUGGAGUGUUGUACAUGAGUUUCACACCUCUAUUUUCAGAAAUUGACAUGUUUUGGUAUUGGAUUGUGUACACCAUUUUUACACAACUCUAUUCAGCCUUUUCCAUAUUGUUGUGGCCUUUGUUACCACGAGUUGGCAAUUCGACACCAAAACAAAGUGAAAUUGUUGCAAUUGAAAAUUCCGAACAAUCCAUCCUCACUACAAACGUAAUGUCUGUCAAUCAAGUACCUCGAGACCAUGUGGAUGUGCAUGUGGAAAUGGAGCCUAUGAAUGCUGAUAACUCUGGAGAUGAGAGUAAUGAGAAGAUUAGCUUGAUUGUAAAUAAGUAA